AUGACUCCCACCCAUAAGAUCGCAGUGAUUCAGCUGCAUCCUAAGCCGCUUCACGUCGAACAAAACUUCCAGAAGGCGGCCAACUUCAUCAGAUCAGCAGCUCAACAAGGUGCUCAGUUGGCAGUCCUACCUGAAUACCAUCUGACAAACUGGCUUCCGCACGAUCCGAACUUCAAGUCUUCAUGUGCAAGCUGGAAGGAAUAUCUCNAAAAGUAUCAGGCUCUGGCUAAAGAGUGCAAUAUAUGCAUCGUCCCUGGGACCAUUGUAGAAUUGCACACCGAUGCCGAGCAUGACAGCACUGGCAUCCUCACCGAAGACGAUACCAACAGUGAGCGUCUCCUCAAUGUUGCCUACUUCAUCUCAUCCACUGGAGAGAUCCUCGGAAAAUACGUCAAGAAGAAUCUCUGGGGUGACAUUGAACGCCUGCACCUCACGAGCUCAUCGCGUGACCCUCAUCCAGUCUUCGACACCNCCUUUGGAAAGGUCGGCAUGCUGGUCUGUUGGGAUCUUGCCUUCCCAGAAGCCUUCCGCGAGAUGAUCGCCCAAGGAGCGAAACUCUUCGUUAUCCCAACCUUCUGGACAUUGAACGACUGCUCGCCUGCUGGACUGGCCAGAAACCCCACUGCUGAAGCCACCUUUUUGGAUUCAAUGCUUACAGCUCGUUGCUUCGAGAACACAUGUGCAAUUGUAUUUGCAAACGCUGGAGGUCCACCAGGCAAAGGCUAUGCAGGCUUGUCGCAAGUAUGUGCACCAUAUGUAGGACCAAUAGUCCGCUUGGGUAGUUGUGCGGAAGGUAUGGCUGUCGUGGAUCUCGACAUGCAGAUUGUCGAGGAUGCGGAGGAAAACUAUCAAGUCAGAGCCGAUUUGGCAAGGGGAGAUUGGCAUUACGAUUACCGCCACAAUAAGGACAACGAUUCGAAGCUCUGA